ACCCAAAUUCACACGCACACACACAACCUUCCCAGCCCAUCUCCACGAACGCUUCGCGGCGAUCAUGGCUAAGAAGAGGGGCCAACGGUACCAGGGGCGCGAGCGCCGCGAGGAUCGCGGACAGGGGGAGAGGGAGAUACAAAAGCUCCCUUUCAAAGGUUUUUUUUUUUCAUCUUUUCCCCGCUAUCUACAGCUCUUACUCACAAGCCUCGUAGCUCGUUGUUGGGAUCUCGGCCACUGCGAUCGAAAGAGAUGUUCGGGGCAAAAAUUAAUGCGAGAAGGCUUGAUUAGAUCUAUGCCUCUUGACAAAAAGUUCAAUGGUGUGGUUAUCACGUAGGUUUCGGCUUCCUCUGCUGCCUGGUUGGCGGUUACAUCGGGGGGGGGGCGGAAGGAAAUAGACUCACAUGUUCCCUCCAGGCCCACUGGUAAAACAGUAGUAUCUCCAGCCGACAAAGAGCUCAUGGAGAAGCAUGGCGCAGCCGUGGUCGAAUGCUCAUGGGCCCGGCUGGCGGAUGUUCCCUUCCACAAAAUCGGCGGGAAAUGCGAACGGUUACUACCAUACCUUAUCGCCGCCAACACUGUCAACUAUGGAAAACCGUGGAGGUUGAAUUGCGCGGAAGCGCUUGCUGCUUGCUUUGUUAUCGGGGGUCAUACCGAUUGGGCCGAACAGAUUUUGGAACCGUUCCCAUACGGGGGGAGCUUCCUAGAAAUCAAUGGGGAGCUUCUGGAGAAGUAUGCUGCGUGUGCUAGCGCUGACGACGUCAAGAAUGUUGAGGCUGAGUGGUUGGAUAAACUCGAGAAGGAAUACAAAGAGAGCCGUGAAGUGGGUGGGGAUCCUUGGAUGGGAGGCAAUUCCAAUCUGUCUUCAGUGUCCGCUCCUAGCAACCGGGAAACCAUGGAAGAGCCCGUGGAGACUCCGAGUAGGCUGUAUGAAAUGCCUUCCUCGGGUGAAGAAGACGAGGGGACAUACCGUGAGUACUUGAGGCAGAAGGUUUUACUGUCAAAGGAAUUCACCAAUCCUAAACCCACAAAGGUCAUAGAGACUAGCAAGGCGGGUUCUGAUGACGAUGGGGCCGUCUUUAGUGGAGAAGAGGAUGAUCUUGAUCGGGGUGGGAGCGUUUAUUAACGCAGCUAGGGUGGGUGAGGACAAAAAGCCUUCCAUCAGACAUUUGUGACACAAGUAUCCCAAAACAUACACGGCAUCCUUCUCUUCAACGAACAUUCAGCGUCCGGAGGGCCGGGUGCAUGAUGGAAUAGGGCGGUGGGAUUUCGAUCUCCUUGGGUGGGGUUAAAAAGGUCAAAAAGUUGUACGAUA